AUGCCCACCUCCUCGUCGCAUCAGGGUGCUGCGGAUGAGCCUGUCCCCACGACUGCAUACCCGCCUUCCUCAUCGACCUACGGCUAUGACGAAGCGAAUGGCAGCGGCACAUCGAGCUCAAUAUGGCACAAGAUUCUCGGGAGGCGAGGCAUCGUAGGCCUGACGGUGGAUGUAGCUGCGCCUAUGCCUAAGCAGCGCCUGGCAUCAACAGCGGCGAGAAACGGCACCGCAGCCGGUCUCGCAAGUGGUUCGACCAAGCCCUCUGCCCCGCCAUCUCAACCGCCUGCUUCUCGGUGGCGCACCCCAGAGUUCUACCUCUACUACCUUGUGUUCGCCAUCGCCAUUCCACUAAUGGUGUGGGUGCCUAUACAGCUCAGCCAGCCUUCGAAUCCGAAUUAUGCGAGAUUCGCCACGCAUCUCAAGCCCGGCUGGCUGAUGGGAAGAUGGCGAGAUGACUCGGACUUCCAGUAUAGGAGCUUCAGAGACUAUGUGCCUGCGUUGUUGGGGAUCAUGGGACUAUACCUGGCACUGUCAGCUGUGGCUUCGCGACUGCCGGAGUGGGGAAGCGCAGGAAGAGGGGCGUACAGGUCCUUGUCAACCUCUGGCGGGGCUGCGGCUACAUCACCGCGACGGAAUCGCCUGCCUUUCCUCCUAGGAUUCACAACCCUUUUUCUACUCGCUCUUCACGGCGUCAACUCUCUGAAACUUCUCACCAUCCUAAUCGCGAAUUACCAACUCUACCGGCUGGUAGCAGGGCGAGCAUACGUUGCGCCUCUACUCAUCUGGACCUUCAACGUCUCGAUGCUGGCUGCGGUGCACUGGAAUGAUGGCUUUCCGUGGGGACGACUGCUAGGAGAACAAGUGGCUGGGUGGCUGGACGAGCAACCAUACACGGGUCUGCUGCCGCGAUGGCAAAUCAACUUCAACAUUUCGAUGCUGCGGCUCGUCUCGUACGGCCUCGAUCGACACUGGGCCGCUCUAUCCCCCUCCUCCCCCUCCUCCCCCUCCUCCUCCUCGUCCUCCUCCUCCUCUCUCAGCACAGCCGAGCAACCUGGCCAAACAGACAAUCGUCUUCGCUCCUCCACUCCCCGCCCUGCAGCAGAGUAUGCCUCCCUCCCCCUGUACCUUGCGCACAUCCUCUACCCGCCCCUCUUCAUCGCCGGGCCCAUCAUGAGCUUCAAUGAUUUUGCCUCGCAGGUUAGCAGGCCUGCCAUGGUGCCUCGCGCGAAUGUGGUGAGGUAUGCAAUCAGAUUUGGGGUUUGCAUGUUGACUAUGGAGUUUAUUCUCCACUUCAUUUACGUCAACGCGAUCAAGGACACUCCGCAUGGGUGGUCAGGCGCAUCACCCCUAGAGCUAAGCAUGAUCGGCUUCUGGAACCUCAUCAUCGUCUGGCUCAAGCUCCUCCUGCCCUGGCGCUUCUUCCGCCUCUGGGCGCUAGCGGACGGUGUCGAUCCGCCGGAGAACAUGGUACGCUGUAUGGCCAACAACUAUUCGACACUAGGCUUCUGGCGUAGCUGGCACCGCAGCUACAAUCUGUGGGUCGUGAGAUACAUCUAUGUACCUUGUCAGACUGGGUGGGGCAGCGGCAGCCGCCAAGGAGGAGGUAGGCGGAAUAGCUCGACCUUGACUACUUUGGCGGCUACGUUGCUCGUCUUCACCUUCGUCGCUUUGUGGCACGACCUCUCCCUCCGUCUCCUCACGUGGGGAUGGCUGAUCACCCUCUUCAUCUUGCCCGAGGUGCUUUGCAAGAAACUUAUACCAGCCUCGGCGUACGGCCACCAUCCAUGGUAUCGUCACGUUGCUGCUAUCGGUGGAGUGGGCAACGUUCUGCUCAUGAUGGGCGCGAAUCUGGUAGGCUUUGCCAUUGGAGUGGAAGGGGCCAAGUAUCUCGUCGAGCAGCUCUUCACCACUGCCCAGGGGGCGCGCUUUAUGGUGUUGGCGUGCGGGACGCUCUUUGUGGGCGUACAGGUCAUGUUUGAGUAUAGGGAGGAGGAGGCGAGGAAGGGGAUUGCGAGGAAGUGCUAG